AUGACGGCUCACAAGGAGUAUGACUUUAUGGCCACAGAUCGCUGUACUCGAAAGAUUGCCAAAACUGUGGAGUUUAUCUAUACAACGACGACUCUGGGGGAAGCAAAGGCAAAGAUCAUUACCACCAGUGGUGCAGAUCAAGUGAUCUACGCGUAUGGCGCCGAGGUCAGGUGGCAAUCAUCCGAUUAUCCUACAGUAAUAUCGAGCACCUCUUCCGAAAAUACCGAAAGUUCGAGUACACCAACCUCUCCUAGGCCUGGAGGUGAACAAACCUCGGACCCGAAACAGUCCGCUGGAUCAGAAGACUCAGAUGCAGCUACAUCCGGGCUCUCAACUCCGGCCAAGGCUGGAAUAGGUGCGGGUGUAGGAGUCGCGGGACUUUGCUUGGUGGUAGGCAUUGCCCUUCUUUGGCGGCGUUCCCUCCAGCAGGCAAAGAGAAACUCACCACAGGAGGUCGAGGUGAGCCGACCAGAGGACUCGACUGAUGAAGCUAUGAAGCAGAAGGAAAUUGUACAGAUUGCAACAACCGAUUGCAGCAGCGCGGGAUCUGUCGCUCGUGAAAGUCCUCCUUGGACGCCUCACGAGGUGGAUGCGCCACGACAGGUGCAUGAAGCAGAAGGAUAUGUCCUGAUGAGGUUUCAAGAAGCGGAUAGCAGACAUAUCCUAGAACUUGAAAGUCCGGCUGAAGAUUCCAAACAGUAUCGAUAUAGAUAA